GUAGACAGUGGUGGUGUGUGGUACUGUGUGAAUUUCACCAAACAAUUGUGGUCCUUGAGGCACUUAAGAGGAUUGUUAUAAGUAGUUUAACGCCGUCGUAAGUGUCUUGAAGAGAAGGAUGACCAAGUGUGUGGUGUUUGUGCUUCUAAGUGUGAUGAUGGUGCUGACUAGCGGACAGGACUAUCAAGUGGCAGAAAUCAGCUGUGACUUUGGUGGUGAUGCACACACAACAGCUGGUGAUGGUGGUAGUAAUGGUGGAAGCAACUUACAGAGAUUAUCUGCCAGACUAAAGAAGCCAGUUGGAUUUAAAGGUCAUCCACUCUUUGCGGAUGACAAGCGGGCCGAUCCGUUCAGUGACGGGAAGUGCCAGAUACGACAGGACAUGCGGGACACGUCUGGCCUCGUGUAUAACUUGUUGGUGACGGAUCUGACAAUGUGUGGUGUUGUGAGGAAAGAUGGGUAUGUUACGUUGCGUGUUUGGUUCCCUCAGCUGGAAGGAGUAGUGUUGGCCACAGAUCAAGAAGUUAUCAUAAUGUGUAAGCCAGUCUCCCCCACGGUCAUUGAAAACAGGGCCGCUGGCUUUGCUGGCUCGCUACCGUCGACUGGCAGAGUGUCAGGGGUGGUGGAGGAGACACCUGGUAGACUGGAGUAUGAAGUGGCGCUGUUUAGGGAGGUGACUGCCCGCUCUGCCUCACACAGUCACACCCCCGUCGACCAGGCUGUCCCCAUUGGCUCUAAACUGCAGCUACGAGCGAGGAUUAACACCCAUUCGAGAUGGAAGUAUGUUAAGCUGAUGGAAGUAACAGUCUCAAGUGACCCUGUAUCACCCUAUGCUUCUGGCUAUGUGGCACUUGUCAAGGAUGGGUGUCGACUACCAGACUUCUCCUCGAUCGUACCCCAGCAGCCUCACCGAGUCGAGGACCAGACGGGUGAGGUGAGACUCGACUUCGAGGCCUUUAUGCUAGACUCCAAAAUGGCCGGGUCGUCUCAGCUGUGGAUCCAUGCUACCAUAAAGGCUUGUAUAGACGCCCAUGACUGCCUGCCGGAAUUCUGCCUCGACCUAUUCCAGCCAUCGGGUCACGGACGAAGGCGUAGACGCAAGACGACCUAUUAUGCCGAGGGGUUAAUGGAAGCAUCGGGGCCUGAGAACGUCACCCUCUCCUCCCACCUGCCAGGACGCACCACCUCCCAUGCUGACAGUCACCACGGUCUGUCUCUUGCACCUCUCUUCGUCACCCCACAGUCAGGAAAUGCAACCACUACCUCUAACCAGCUGCCCCACCCCGAAGCCCUGACCUACCUCAAGGCC